AUGGGCAGCAUCAAUGAGACGCAGACUACCUCUAUCCCAACCGUGGACAUCGGCCCAUUCUUGGACGGCCAGGCCGCGCAGGAAGCGAAAGACGCCGUUGUUGCGGCCAUGCGCCAUGCCUGCUCCACUUUCGGCUUCUUCUACCUCGUCGGCCAUGGAAUCCCCGAGGAAGACCGCCUGCAGAUUCUAAAAUGUACCAAACGGUAUUUCGAUCUCCCCAUGGAGGAGAAAAUGGAGACUUGGAUUGGGAAGGCCAUCGGCCGGUCUUUCCGUGGGUAUGAACCGCCAGCUCUCCAGGUGCAUCAGGAGGGCCUCCUCCCCGAUACGAAGGAGGGAUUUAUUCUCGGUCGCGAGACGCCUGCAGAUGCGCCGGAGGCUGGCACAUUCCACACUGGACCUAACCAGUGGCCCAAGACCCUGCCGGACGAAGAGUUCCGAGUUCCCAUAAUGAGAUACCAUGCAAAGAUGAUCGAAAUGGUCAAAGUGAUUCUCAAAAUACUGGCCCUCGGGCUUCCGGCAGAAUGGAAUUGUCCAUCGGAUGUGUUUGAUGAGCUGACCAUUAAUCCAUCGGCGCCACUGCGUCUGCUGUACUAUGCUCCCCAGCCUGUCAAACAUGAGAACCAAUUUGGCGUGGGUGCCCAUACUGACUUUGGCAAUGUCUCGGUGCUUCUCCAGGAAGAAGACUCAGAGGGGCUGGAAGUCUUCUAUCCGCCAACUCAAACCUGGGUUCCCGUCCCAGCCAAACCACAUUCCUAUGUGAUCAACAUGGGGGAUAUGAUGCAGAAAUGGACCGCAGGAUACUACAGAAGCGCGCUCCACAGGGUCGUCAAUAGCAAUACAAAACCUCGGUACAGCGCGCCGUUCUUCAUGAAUGGGAAUCUGGAUGUCAAGUGCUAUGCCCUGGACGGAUCUGGAGAAGUAACUACCAUUGGAGAACAUAUUCGCAAGCGGCUGAUGGAGACUAUCGGCGGCGAAGAGGGGAAGAAACUGGGUCUCUGA